AAAAUAUCCCAAAACAUAUGAAGAAAUCAAAAUUAUAGCUAUAAUAAUUGGUAGAGAACAAACUAUGUUUAGCAAUAGAUUGAUGUUUUGUUGGAUCUGCCUGUAAUGGCCUCUAGAGGAACUGGAACGCUGAUUUUGGUUUGUCUCUUAUGGCUUUUCUUCCUAUGCGCCACCAUAGCUUUCUUGCAGCUCAACUUCGUAGACAAAGGAACCACCAACAACAACCCUUCCUCUCGCAGUAGUAACUUCAUCGCAACUCAACAGCAUAGCGCUGAUACCCCUUUGGAACAGGAUUUGGAGGGUGUCACCCACAAGGUGUAUUUUGAUAUUCAGAUCCAUGGCAAAUUAGCGGGUCGCAUAGUCAUGGGCCUUUAUGGGAACACAGUACCGAAAACUGCAGAAAACUUUCGAGCGCUUUGUACAGGAGAGAAAGGAGUGGGAAGAAGUGGGAAGUCUCUUCAUUAUAAAGGGAGCACAUUCCAUAGGAUUAUACCGAGCUUUAUGGUCCAAGGGGGUGAUUUCACCCGUGGUGAUGGAAGAGGUGGAGAAUCAAUCUAUGGUGAUAAGUUUGCUGAUGAAAACUUUAAGCUGAAGCAUACCGGACCGGGAUACUUAUCCAUGGCAAAUUCUGGGGAAGACACCAAUGGCUCCCAGUUCUUCAUUACAACAGUUAAAACCAGCUGGCUGGAUGGACGCCAUGUCGUAUUUGGCAAGGUACUUUCCGGUAUGGAUGUUUUGUACAAGAUUGAAGCAGAAGGAAGUGAAAGCGGCUCGCCAAAGAACAAGGUUGUCAUAUUAGACAGUGGAGAAUUAACUUCAUGACAUGGUUUAUACAAGUUGAGAUUGAUUCCACAGCCAUGAUUCACAAAUUCGGUGUGCAUACUUCAUCAUAUAAGAAUGAAUAAGUUUGCAGAUGUUCGUGUAAUUUAAGGCUAUAUUGAUGCUAUUUUGCUUGUCUACACUAGUCUUGCUCCUAGGGAAGGAGUUUUAUUAGGGAUUGCCAGAGUGGGUACUCAUUAACAAUAUACAUCAGGCUGAAGUGCGUUUUCUGAACUAUUUUUUUUUUUUAAAUGUAGUAGGUACGAGGAUAAAUUAUUUAUUCAAGUGCAUCAUAUACCAUGUCUUUUGCUACA